AUGGGAGAAGCUAAGAGGUUGAAAAGGCUUACUAAAAUUAAUGUUUAUCUUAUUUUUAAAUUUACUCAACCGUUAAUAGUGGCCUACACUCCAUUCGAUAGAGGAUUAUCUGAGAUACAUAAAGUCAUUAAGGAAGAAGAAACAAAUUUGAAUAAUCAUGAUCAAACAGAAGAUGAAAUUAUAUUAAAUGCUCUAUUAUCUUUACCAGAUUUGGAGACGAGAGCCGAUAAUUUACAAACAUUGGCGCACAGUUUGUUUGCUGUGAAAUCCCCAAAAUCUCAAGCUAAUUAUCGUCGGAAUAGAAAACGUUUUAUUUCUGUUGGUGCUAUUGUCAUCGGUUUAGUCAUUGUUACCGCUAUAAUCAUUAUUAUAGUUUCCGAAACGUUUUUAUUUGUUCUCCGUAAUGAAUAUUCAUAUUCGGAAUUGGGUGAUGAACAUACAUAA